CACAGUUUUUAAAAGCAACAAUUAUGAAUGGAUCUGAGGUGUAUGGUGUCGUGUCCUUGCUGGUGUUUCUUCAAAACGCAAUGUGCACAUCUGCUGUAGAAUGCGAGAAUUAAUUUUACGAUCGAUAGCCUAGGCUAUAGGAAAAUGUCAUUUGUUAGGAUUUUUCAAGUUGUAUCAGUGAGUUUUCCAUAAACUUUGCACAUGCAUGUCUGCGGUCCGUGUUGUCGUGUAGCCUACUUUAGAGUGGAAUAAUUUACAAAACAAACAAAUUGUCAAAUAUAAUGGCGGAUCGGACUGCUCCGCGUUGCCAACUGAGAUUAGAAUGGAUCUACGGGUACAGGGGGCAUCAAUGCCGAAACAACCUGUACUACACCGCUGGAAAAGAAGUGGUCUAUUUCGUGGCUGGAGUCGGCGUGGUUUACAAUACCAGAGAACACACUCAGAAGUUUUACCUGGGCCACAACGAUGACAUUAUAAGCCUUGCCCUUCAUCCUGAGAGGUCACUGGUGGCAACAGGUCAGGUGGGGAAGGAGCCCUACAUCUGUGUGUGGGACACCUUCAGUGUACAGACCAUCUCUAUCCUCAAGGACGGACACUCCCAUGGGGUGGCCUGCCUGGCCUUCAGCGCAGAUGGACAGCGGCUGGCUUCUGUGGGGCUGGAUGCCAAAAAUACAGUGUGUGUUUGGGACUGGAAGAAAGGAAAGAUACUGGCCACUGCGACAGGACAUUCAGACAGGAUCUUCGAUAUAUCCUGGGAUCCCUUUCAGCAGAACCGGCUGGUGAGCUGUGGGGUAAAGCACAUAAAGUUCUGGGCUCUCUGUGGCAAUGCGUUGACGCCCAAACGGGGGAUAUUCGGGAAGACGGGCGAUCUACAGACCAUUUUGUGUGUUGCAUCGGCUAAAGAUGAUGUCACAUACUCUGGGGCUUUGAAUGGGGAUAUCUACGUGUGGAAAGGACUGAACCUUUUACGCACGGUGCAGGCCGCUCAUGGGGCUGGGAUCUUCAGCAUGUAUGCCUGUGAAGAGGGCUUCGCCACGGGGGGACGUGACGGUUGUGUCAGGCUCUGGGAUGUGGACUUCAAGCCUAUCACCAAGAUCGACCUUCGGGAGGCUGAGCAGGGGUAUAAAGGGCUGUCUAUUCGUAGUGUGUGUUGGAGGGCAGACCGUAUCCUGGCGGGGACGCAGGACAGUGAGAUCUUUGAGGUGAUGGUUCGGGACAGAGACAAGCCUCUGCUCAUCAUGCAGGGUCACUGUGAGGGAGAGCUCUGGGCUCUGGACGUCCACCCCAAGAAACCGCUUGCGGUGACUGGCAGUGAUGACCGAUCUGUACGGUUGUGGAACCUGGCGGACCAUGCCCUGAUAGCUCGCUGUAACAUGGAGGAGGCAGUCCGCAGUGUGGCCUUCAGCAACGAUGGCUCUCAGCUCGCUCUGGGCAUGAAGGACGGCUCCUUUACCGUGCUCCGAGUCAGGGACAUGACAGAGGUGGUGCACAUUAAAGACAGAAAGGAGGUGAUCCAUGAGAUGAAGUUCUCUCCGGAUGGCAGCUACCUGGCUGUGGGCUCCAAUGACGGCCUGGUGGAUGUGUACGCCGUGGCACAGCGCUACAAGAAGGUGGGCGAGUGUAACAAGUCCUCCAGCUUCAUCACCCACCUGGACUGGUCCAUCGACAGCAAGUUCCUCCAGAGUAACGAUGGGGCUGGAGAACGCCUCUUCUACAGGAUGCCAAUUGGGAAGCACCUGACCACUAAGGAGGAGGUAAAAGGGAUCCACUGGAGCUCAUGGACGAGUGUGAUUGGUCCAGAGGUGAGUGGGAUAUGGCCCAAGUACACCAACAUCAGUGACGUCAACUCUGUGGAUGCCAACUACAGCAGCGCCGUGCUGGUUACUGGAGACGACUUUGGCCUGGUCAAACUGUUCCGCUUCCCCUGCCUAAAGAAAGGGGCAAAAUUCAAGAAGUACAUUGGCCACUCUGCCCACGUGACCAACGUGCACUGGUCUCACGACCUGCAGUGGGUGUUGACCACCGGCGGGGCCGACCACUCUGUAUUUCAGUGGAAGUUCCUGCCUGAGGGCAUCAUGAACGGAGGACUGGAGACCAAUAUACCACAAGAUGGCCAUGCAGAUUCCAACAGUGAGGAGUCUGACUCUGAUGUGUCUGAUGUCCCGGAGCUGGACUCUGAUAUCGAGCAGGAGACACAGAUAAACUACGACCGACAGGUGUAUAAGGAGGACCUUCCGCAGCUGAGGCAGCAGAGCAGAGAGAAGAAGCAGCAGGUCGGCUCCCUAAAGCGCCAGAGAGGCCCAGACGAAGCUCUUCGUCUGAAGUUUGUCCACGGGUACCGCGGCUACGACUGCAGAAACAACCUGUUCUACACCCAGGCGGGGGAGGUGGUGUACCAUGUAGCGGCGGUGGGCGUGGUCUACAACAGAGAGCAACACAGUCAGAGGUUUUACCUGGGCCACGAUGAUGACAUCAUCAGCCUGACCGUACACCCACUCAAAGACUAUGCAGCCACUGGACAGGUUGGCAGGGACCCAGCCAUCCAUGUGUGGGACAUCCAAACCCUGAAGUGCUUCUCCCUGCUCAAGGGCUUUCACCAGAGAGGAGUUUGUGCCCUUGAUUUCUCUGCGGAUGGGAAGAGUCUGGUCUCAGUGGGCAUUGAUGACCACCACUCUAUCAUUGUGUGGGAUUGGAGGAAGGGGGAGAAGCUGGCCACCGCAAGGGGACACAAAGACAAGCUGUUUGUGGUGAAGUGUAAUCCUAUCCUUAUGGACAAGCUGGUCACAGUGGGAAUCAAACACAUCAAGUUCUGGCAGCAUACAGGUGGGGGCCUUAUGUUCAAGCGUGGCAUCUUUGGGAGCCUGGGGAAGCUGGAAACGAUGAUGUCCGUGUGUUACGGUCGGACAGACGAGCUGGUAUUCUCUGGAGCCGCCACAGGGGACAUAUAUGUCUGGAAGGAGCCCAUGCUGCUGAAGACCAUCAAGGCCCACGACGGACCUGUGUUCGCCAUGUACUCCCUGGACAAGGGCUUUGUGACAGGUGGGAAGGACGGGGUGGUGGAGCUGUGGGACGACAUGUUUGAGAGGUGCCUAAAGACCUACGCCAUCAAGAGAGCAGCCCUCUCCCCGGGAUCUAAAGGGCUACUCCUGGAGGACAACCCCUCCAUUCGUGCCAUAACUCUGGGACACGGACACAUCCUGGUGGGAACCAAGAACGGAGAAAUACUUGAAAUCGACAAGAGUGGACCCAUGACCUUGCUGGUCCAGGGUCACAUGGACGGCGAGGUGUGGGGUCUUGCUGCUCACCCCCUGCUCCCCAUAUGUGCCACAGUGAGUGACGACAAAACCCUGCGGAUAUGGGAGCUCUCCACCAACCACCGCAUGGUGGCCGUUCGCAAACUUAAAAAAGGUGGAAGAUGCUGUGCCUUCUCCCCUGAUGGGAAAGCCUUAGCGGUGGGCCUCAAUGAUGGUAGUUUCCUGGUGGUGAACUCUGACACCCUGGAGGACCUGGUGUCCUUCCAUCACAGGAAGGAGUCCAUCUCUGACGUCAGGUUUUCACAAGAUGCUGGUAAAUACCUCGCUGUGGCCUCUCAUGAUAACUUUGUGGAUAUCUACAAUGUGCUGUCCAGCAAGAGGGUGGGAAUCUGCAAAGGAGCUUCCAGCUAUAUCACUCAUAUAGACUGGGACUCUCGUGGUAAAUUGCUGCAAGUAAAUUCAGGUGACAAAGAGCAAUUAUUCUUCGAAGCCCCAAGAGGGAAGAGACAAACCAUACGAAAUUCUGAGAUAGAGAAGAUGGAGUGGGCUACCUGGACGUGUGUCCUGGGUCCCACCUGUGAGGGGAUCUGGCCCACCCACAGUGACAUCACAGACGUCAAUGCCGCCUCGCUCACCAAAGACAAGAAGCUGCUCGCCACCGGAGAUGACUUUGGCUUCCUCAAGCUCUUCAGCUAUCCAGCCAGGGGUCAGUAUGCCCGCUUCAAGAAGUACAUGGGUCACAGUGCCCAUGUAACCAAUGUGCGAUGGGGACAAGAUGAUGCCACGCUACUGACGCUCGGCGGAGCUGACACAGCACUGAUGAUCUGGGCCCUGGAGAGAACCGGAGAGGGUCACAGGGAGAACCCUGUGGACAGCGAGGAGUCAGACGAUGACAUCGAGGAGGACGGAGGGUAUGACAGUGAUGUGGCGAGGGAGAAGAGCAUUGACUACACCACUAAGAUCUAUGCUGUCAGCAUCCGAGACAUGUGUGGCAUCAAACCCCACCAGCAACUGAAGGAGGUGUCGGCAGAGGAAAGGCAGGGCAUUGUCAAGCCUCCUGUUAGCCGAGCUGCUCCCCAACCAGAGAAGCUGCAGAAGAACAACAUCACCAAAAAGAAGAAGCUUGUUGAGGACCUGGUGCUGGACCACGUGUUUGGGUUCAGGGGCUUUGAUUGUCGCAACAACCUUCACUACCUCAACGACGGCGCCGACAUUGUCUUCCACACAGCAGCCACGGCCAUGGUGCACAGCCUUACCACCGGGACUCAGAGUUUCUACUUGGAACAUACAGAUGACAUUCUCUGUUUGACCGUCAAUCAACAUCCAAAAUACAAAAAUGUAAUCGCUACAGGACAGAUUGGUGAAGUGACAGACCUACCAGGCACCACCCCAUCCAUCCACGUGUGGGACGCCAUGAGUAAACAGACACUGUCCAUCCUGCGCUGCUCUCACACUAAGGGGGUUGGCUACGUCAACUUCAGCGCCACAGGCAAGCUGCUGCUCUCUGUGGGGGUGGAGCCUGAACACACCAUCACUGUGUGGCGCUGGCAGGAAGGUGCUAAAGUGACCAGUAAAGGAGGCCAUCCAGACAGGAUCUUCGUAGUGGAGUUCCGGCCAGACUCUGACUCUCAGUUUGUGUCUGUUGGGAUCAAACACAUCAAGUUCUGGAUGCUGGCUGGAGGCUCUCUCAUGUAUAAGAAGGGAGUGGUGGGCUCAGUGGAGGACGGCAGGAUGCAGACCAUGCUGUCUGUGGCCUUCGGUGCUAAUAACCUAACAUUCACAGGUGCCAUAAACGGGGAUGUGUACGUGUGGAGAGAUCACUUCCUGCUUCGUGUCGUGGCUAAAGCCCACACCGGGCCAGUGUUCACUAUGUACACCACACUGAGAGACGGCCUCAUCGUCACAGGGGGCAAGGAAAGGCCUACAAAGGAGGGCGGUGCAGUGAAACUAUGGGACCAGGAGAUGAAACGUUGCCGAGCGUUCCAGCUAGAGACGGGACAGACCGUUGAGUGUGUGAGAUCUGUCUGUCGAGGCAAGGGUAAGAUAUUGGUAGGCACAAAGGAUGGUGAAAUCAUUGAGGUGGGGGAGAAGAACGCUGCGUCCAACAUCCUGAUCAACGGUCACAUGCAGGGCGAGAUCUGGGGCCUGGCCACCCACCCCUCUAAAGACCUGUUCAUCUCUGCCAGCGACGACGGAACCAUCCGCAUAUGGGACCUGGCCGACAAGAAACUGCUGAACAAAGUGAGCCUGGGCCACCCAGCCAAGUGUGCCAGCUACAGUCCUGAUGGGGAGAUGGUGUCUGUGGGCAUGAAGAAUGGGGAGUUCAUCAUCCUCCUCACCAACUCACUAAAGAUGUGGGGCAAGAAACGAGACCGCAGUGCUGCCAUACAGGACAUCAGGUUCAGUCCAGACAAACACCUCCUGGCAGUGGGCUCAGUGGAGAGUACGGUUGACCUGUACGACCUUACCUUGGGCCCCUCGCUCAACCGUGUGGGCUACUGUAAGGACAUCUCCAGCUUUGUUAUCCAGAUGGACUUCUCUGCAGACAGCAUGUUCAUUGAGGUGUCCUCAGGAAACUAUAAGCGCCAGGUGCAUGAGAUGCCUUCUGGGAAAAUUGUGACAGAACAGACUGUGAUUGACAGGAUCACCUGGGCCACCUGGACCAGUAUCCUGGGAGAUGAGGUGCUGGGUAUCUGGCCACGGAAUGCUGAUAAGGCUGACGUCAACUGUGCCUGUGUCUCCCACGCCGGACUCAAUGUGGUCACCGGGGACGACUUUGGGCUGGUCAAGCUCUUUGACUUCCCCUGCACUGAGAAAUUUGCCAAACACAAGCGUUACUUUGGGCACUCGGCACACGUGACCAAUAUUCGCUUCUCCUAUGAUGAUAAAUAUGUGAUCAGCACUGGAGGAGAUGACUGCAGUGUCUUUGUGUGGAAAUGCCUAUAAACCAGAGUAUUUUCUCCACAACCAUGCAUCCAGACUCCUUAGCCUAACACAGUAAGUCUUGGAUUCUGACAAGAAUGCAGCCAGGAUCCCAACGCCUCAAGUGUCUGGCUACGGUCAACCUUUUGCCUGACAUGCUGCAACUAUGUCUCCCCAUCCACCUGUGGGGGAGUAUGGGGUGCAAUACGCUGAUCACUGUACUAUUAAUUCAAGUCUAAGCAUAAGGCAGAGCAGGUAGCUCCUUUUCUAACAGGAAAUCACUUUGAAGCAGAUUUUCUGCCACUAGAAAAUGGUAGAUUUUCUGGCCUAACAAGAAAUUACCAUUUGUGUUUACAUUCUCAUCUACUUUCAAUGAAGGACACAUGAACAGGUUGCACGCCAGCUAUUGAUUUAUAUUUAAACCAUUGAUAAUGGCCGGGAUUCGAUAAGAUUGCGUAUUGUCGACAAUGCAGCUUUUAAAGGCCUCCUGUAGCUCAGUUGGUAGAGCUUGGCGCUUGUAACGCCAGUGUUGUGGGUUCGAUUCCCA